GCUGCUCUGAUCCUUCCGAGGGCUGAGGAGUGAUUCACUCGAUCUCUCCAGGAAGACUGUGAUCAUGACACCCAUGGUGCAUCUGUUGUUGCUCCCACUCCUGUUCAGCAUUGCUGGUGGGAAGAACCUGGAGGAGAAGAAAGGCCCGUUUGAGAACACAGUGCUGGAUGUGCCAGAGGGGACACUGGUGCCGUAUCCCAUUUAUCAGUUCCAAGUGACACAUCCAGGUGUGAAUAGUUUCCGGCUGAGUGGAGAAGGUCAGGAAGACAUCAAGAUUUCAAAUGACGGCUGGCUCUUCCUGGAGAGACCACUGGACUGGUCUCGAGAUAACCAUUACAUUAUCAAGGCGGAGGCGCUAGUAGAUGAUGAAGUGGUGGAUGGUCCAGUUUACGUGACCAUAAAUGUGUUGGACAUCAACAACAAGGCUCCAACCUUCGACCAGAGUGACUACACGGCUGUGGUUAGAGAACACAGUGCAGCGGGUACCGCAUUCACCCGUGUGUUUGCAUCGGACGCGGACGACCCCGAGACUCCUAAUGCUCAUCUGCGCUACAGCCUGGUCAGCCAGGUGCCCACUAAAAACCACAUCCUCCUGUUCCAGAUCGACCCCAACACCGGAGAGAUCUCCACCACAGAAGAAGGCGAAAACGGGAUAAAGGCCAGAGAGAGCAUCCGGUAUGCCCGGGGAGAAGAUCAGAGCAUCGAGGCUCUGAAGACAAAGUUUGAAGACUACUGUCCAAUGCAGAAGGUUCCUUAUGAACAGAAUCCCUUCUUCACCUGCGUGGAGAGAGCAGAAAUAAAGAGGAGGAAUAUGGACCCCAUGGACAACCCGGACUACAUCCUGUUUGUGCGUGUGCAGGAUCUGGGAGGCGAGUCGGAGAACGCCCUGACUGGAAACACCAAAGUUCACAUUAUUGUGCAGCAAAACCUGUGGGUCAACCCUGGACCAAUAACUGUGAAAGAGAACUUAAAUGGAAUUUAUCCUCUGACCAUUGGAAAGGUCCAGUCCAACGAGCCAGAGGCCGUCUACAGUUUGGUGCAGAAAGAGCGAGAGCUGAAAUUCCCCUUCCAGAUCGCAGAAAAUGGAGAAAUCCUCCUGACAGAGCCGCUGGACAGAGAAGACAAGGACAUGUACAUCCUGGUGGUGUUUGCGAAGGACACCAAUAACGAAGAGGUGGAUCGGCCCUUGGAGAUUCAGGUCUUGGUGGAGGACGAGAAUGACAAUGAACCAGUGUGUGAAAACGAGGAGAGUGUGUUUGAGGUGCAGGAGAACGAGCCUGUGGGCAGCCUGAUAGGACAGCUGAUGGCCCAUGAUGACGAUCAACCCGGGACGAUGAAUUCUCACCUGACUUACACCCUCCUGCCCGAAGAUCCAUCCACCCCAAACAAAGUCUUCUCCAUCGACGCUGCCUCUGGAAGAAUUCAGGCGUUGAGCAUGCUACAGCGAAAAGAACAGCAGGUCUACAUGCUGGAUGUGAGAGUCAGCGACCCAGGUUCCAGUGUGGACUGCAAAGUGGUCGUCAAGGUCAUCGAUGUCAACAACGAGAUGCCUGAGUUUGAGAAGAUGGAUUAUGGCAGCCACACUCUGGCAGAGGACACCCCCGUGGGACACACUGUGGUGACCAUCACAGCCGCGGACGCUGACGACCCAGACAGCGGCAGCUCCCGCAUCGAGUUCCACAUCACCGCCGGCGACGAUGAGGACGUGUUUGCCGUGGAAACUGACGGCAAUGGUGUCGGUCAGGUGGUCAUAGUCAAGCCUUUGGACUUCGAGGCGUCUCCCACCUACAGGCUCCAGAUCGACGCUCGUAACCCCGAGCCGCUGAUGACAGGCCUGGAGUACGGCGUCGAAUCCACGACCUUCGUCACCGUGUCCGUCACCGACGUGGACGAGGCCCCGGAGUUCAGCCUGGACAUCCUGGACGUGACCGUACCCGAGAACACCACCAAGGGAUCGGUGCUGCUCAAUGUGGAGGCAAAGGACCCAGAGGGCAAAGAGAUCAGCUUCAAGUUGGAGGGUGACACUCGUGGCUGGCUGGAGAUCGAUGCGGCCACAGGACAGAUCAAGACCAAAGACAAGCUGGACAAGGAGACCGUGGAGGCCUUCGAUGUCACCAUCACUGCAUUUGAGAAAGAGAACCCCACGAUGUCUUCUGAGCGUGUCCUGUCCGUGCGGCUGCUGGACGUGAACGACAACAUCCCCAAACUGAUAGAGACAGAGUCCUUCAUUUGCGCAGGCAAUCCCAAACCUGUCAUCCUCAGGGCCCAAGAUGCAGACAGCCCCCCCUUCUCCCAGCCCUUCACCUUCUCCUUCGCCAAGAAGUCACCCAACUGGGACCUGAGCCGUGUGGACGAUACAUCAGCUAGACUGACCCUGAGGAAAUCACCGACUGAAGAUAGAACCUUUCCACUUGCCAUCAACAUUAAAGACAACGCAGGGAUGGGAGUCUCCCAGCGGUUUGAGGUGAGAGUGUGUAACUGCACCGCUCUGGGCUACUGCUUCAUGGCACCAGAAGAUCGGGCCUUCAGAUACGGGAUGGGACCCACCAUCGGGAUCCUGGCCGGCACAGUGGGAUUCUGCCUUCUUGUCUUCAUCAUAGUGAUCAAACGCGCAAAUAAAAAGGGCAAGAAGCAAGAAGGAACGACUGAGGACGGGAACGCCCUGAUGUAGAGACUACAACCACACACACACACAC